AUGGCGUGUGGGCCAGGAGAUCUUCAGAGCCUCACAUCUCCAUUUUCCUCUGCCAGAGUUGGGACCCCACUGUAUUUUGAAGAACCUUGGUUGCGGACCUGCGGUCACACCAACAUCGCCUGCAAGAUGGUGAAGGGGAAGCUGGUGGAGGUAGGCAAGUGGCCAUGGCAGGUGAGCAUCCUGUUUCUGGGCACGUACAUCUGUAGCGGCUCCCUCAUCCACCAUCAGUGGGUCCUCACGGCUGCGCACUGCCUGCAGAGAUCCAAGGACCCCAAAAUGUACUCCGUGAGGGUGGGAGUCCAGAGCCUCCCAGACAACGGCACCCAGCUCCUGCUCACCCGCAUCGUGAUUCACGAGGAUUUCCACAACCUCAUAUCCCAGGACAUUGCUCUCCUGAAGCUCAGGGACCCCAUCUCCUGGUCCCCGCUCAUCCAGCCUGUCUGCCUACCCAGUAACAGAUUCAAGCCAUCGGUCGGAACCAUGUGCUGGGUGAUCGGGUGGGGACAUAAAAGCACUGGAGUAACCCCAAAGACUCCAUACAGUCUUCAGGAGGUGGCUGUCAAGAUCAUAAACAGUGAAACCUGCCAUCAGAAGUACCAGUUCCUCUUCUUGAAGGACCAGAAGGAGUUCAUUGGGGAAGACAUGCUGUGCGUCAGCUCAGAAUGGGGCAUGGACUCUUGUCAGGAUAACUCUGGCAGCUCCCUCGUCUGCCAGGUGAACAACUCCUGGAUUCAGAUGGGGGUGGUGAGCUGGAGCCUGAGCUGCAACCAGCACCGCUUCCCAGGCAUCUACACCAGCACCUCCUACUUCACCCACUGGAUUAAGAGGCAGAUCACGGACAUGAGGUUCAUCAGUAGGGCUGGCCCUGCCUUCCUGAGCCCAGUCACCCUCACUGGCUACAUUCUGCUGGUGUCCUUGGGUUCCCUGUGGCUCCUGUGA